AUGAGAAUCACUUCUUUUAUGUCCUUUGCCCUUCUGGCCAUUGAGCCAUGUUUUACUGCGGGCCAGCGUCUUGGUACGCCUUCCUACGAAUUUCUUUACACAGUCAACGCAACCUUAGGCGAGCGUUGGCCAGUCGGAGACUACGGCCAGGGGAGUCGAGUUGUCAUCCCCAUCACCGGGGGCACCUUUAAUGGCCCUCGUCUGUCCGGGACGAUCAACAACCUCGGUGCCGACUGGGGCCUCACGGAUAGCAAGGGUGUCUUUUUCCCUGAUACGAGAUACAACCUGCGAACGCACGAUGGUGCUGAUAUCUUUAUCCAAACGGCUGGUCCGACGCAGCCAGAUGGUCGCACUCUGCUGAGGGGAAUCUUUCAGACAGGACACCCCGACUAUGAGUGGUUAAACUAUAUUGUGGCCAUCGGCGUGUUGCAACGUCCUACAGGCGACCAUAAGGGCAAAUAUGUAUUGAUCGAUAUGUGGCAGGUUGUUCUACCCUGUCAGGGUUCUGAUUGCCAGGAUCAGCCUCAAAGUGGCACAGUUGAGCAACCAAUGGAAACUUGGACAAUGCAAGGAGUUUAA